AUGUCUAGCUAUGGUAGGAAUGAUCCAGUUAAUGGGUAUGAAGCAUAUUUUACUGAAGACAGCUACAAGAAACUUGUUAAAGAGGACACUUUUGAAAGCAAGUUAUCAAAAAGUAUUUCAAGUAUUAAAUUACAGAGACAAGCCAAUCAUAUUGUUCAUGGUGACAAGGGCAAUAAGUCAGUUUCGACUGGUGAAAAAAAGGGCAGUAACUCAGCAGUGAGUCAAAAUGUAGUUAAUCAAAAAGGGAAAAAGUCAAAUCAAGAAACAGCUGUAAAGACAGAAGUAAAAUCUGAGCCAGAGUGUGGUUCAUCUGAAGAGUUUGUCUUACCAACAUCUCUACUAGGCAGAAAAAUUGGUGGUUUACAGAAGAAAUCCAGUUUAACAAAAACAGAACAGAGAAAAUAUAUAGAUUUACUGUUAAAAUAUAGAUACCAUCCACCUGGUGUGAACUUAUCUAAUACAGAGAAAAAAGACUUGAAAUAUUUUGAGUCACUGCAGGUUCGAGUAGCAGUAGAACAGAAUGAAUUUAUGGGUAAAUUACGAGAGCUGGCAGCCAAUCAGGGAAUAUAUAACUUUCUCUCACCAGAUGGCAGAAGAUACAUAGAGGAAAAACAUGAAGGGAAGUUAAAACAAGUUGAAGAUCUACCGAGAUAUUUUUUUACAAUAAAUAAACCUUUACCAUUGAAUGUAACUAUUAAUCCUUGUAGCCCACCACCAAAUUUAGUGUUUGUCAAAACUCUAGCAGAACUGGGUGUCCCAGCUAAGAUAAGCAUACCUAUUAUCUGUAACAAUGAGAAGAAGAUGAUACCUAAUGAUUAUGAUAAAGUGUCUAGUCAAUGUCCAAUGUGUAUUCAAACUGAAUUAGAGAAUAAAUAUUGUAAACAGGUUUGUAGUAAGGAUAAGAACAGUGAGAUAUUAGCCUGUAAAACUUUCAGCCAUAUUGUUUUAUCUACCAGUGUUUUACGUUGUCUGAUCAACAACCAUGCUCCUAACUUUAACACAGCCUGGGAAAUACCAGUUACUGUUAAAACACAUGAUUUACAAUAUCAAGGGCACACAAUCAAACAAAAAGUAGUAUAUUUUGAUAAACCAUUACCUCCAAAAGAAGAAUCACAUCGUGAUAAAAACACCAAAUAUCAUAAAUACGCUCUGAGAGCUUUCCUAGCACGCUCACAAAAUAAGCCUAAUGUUAAAAACAAACCCAAUUCAGCUGUACCUGAGAGAAAGCCUAAAGCUCAAAAACAGAACCUCAUUGUAAAAGAAGAAGAUCCUUUUGGUGAUGUAUCAAUAGAUGAUAUAGAAACAUUCGGUGCUUUUACCCUGACAUCCAAACUAAAAGAAUAUUCUAAACCCCAAAAAUGUGAAAUUAUAAAAAAUGAAAGUAGAGUUAAAAGUGAAUCAAGUAACAAUGUGUCUGAGCUAAAUAAAGAUUUGUUUGGAUCUGGAAGUGAAACAGACACCCCUUGUCAUAAAAAUGAAAAUAGUUUUGUUCUUGAAGCUUGUUCUGGUACAGACAAUGCUGUUUCAGAAACUAACAUUGAAAAUGAAAGUUUCUCAGAGCUUUCUGAUUCAGAUCUUACUGAUAAGGAAUGUCCUAAAAGUAGUCAGUCUGUAUCUAAGGAUGAAAAUGGUGAUAAUAGUGCAUGUUCUCAGGAUGCUAUAAAGUCAAUACCAGAGUCAAAAAUGGCCAUUGAAGAAAACAACCAAGAAAAGGAAAUUAAAAUGUGUGAAUCGAAUACUUCUGAAGGAGCAGUUGUGUCCAACCAUUCUACGGUUGCUUCAAAUAAGGAUUCUGUGACAAAUGUUCCCAAUACUUUAGAAUGCAGCACAGGGAGUGAGUCUGAAGAAAAUUUAGUCAUUGAUCUAGGAGAUCUCAACUCGAAAGUCAAAAAACGCAAAGUUGAACAGAUAUUUUCACCAAAAGGAAAGAAAGACGAAAACUUUCUGUGUAACCCAAAACCCACUAAAGUUAUAGAACUGUCAAAAAAAGACAAAAAUGUUCCAAAUAGAGUUCCAUUCGCCAUUUUCAAACAAAAAUGGAAACUGAAGCCUUUGACCUCUGAUGACCUUGACCAAAGUUCUCCAGUGGAAGAUCAAAACAUUGUGAGAUUACGUAGUGGAAGAACAGUCGGUAACCUAAGUGGAGAUGAAAGUUCAUCCAGUUUCAGCCAAUCAGAUAGUGAGAGUGUAUUCACACCACCGAAAAAGCCACGACAGAUGGAAGAAAUUACCUCCCCUGAUAACAUAAGCCAAUCAGAUUGUGAGAAUGAAGUCCCUGUCAAGGUUAUUCCGUUAGAAAAACGAGAGUAUGGUCAGUUAAUUAUGGUUCCUAAACAACCAAAAUAUAAAAAGAAAGACAAAUCAGCAACAGAAGAUAAUGGUACUCCAACCAGACGUGUACUGAGAUCUCAGAGGAGAUAUAAUGACUCACAUGAUCAAAAUGAACCAAUCGAAAUGGAAAGUCUGGCGAAUGAAAAGUUGACCUCUGUAUCACAAGAAAGACGAAAGUCACCAAGAAUUUAUAGUACUAGCAGUGAUGUUGAUAUGACUAAAGAUAUUGAAAUGAAGGCUGCAGACACACCAGAAUCUACAACCAAAGGUGGUGAAGUUGUUAAAAGAAAGAGAGGACGACCAAGAAAGGAAUCGAAUAUAAAACGAGAACCUACCAAAGACACACAAAAUAAGGAAUCUGAUGGUAACAAGGAGCCUGUAGAUAGAACAAGACCACCAGUGAGACGUUCUUUAUCACUUGAUAAAGAGAAAACUGAAAUACAAUCAAAUACAUUUACUAGGGUUACAGAGCUACAUACUGAAGAUAAAUCAACUAGGAAAGAACUAGACCAGAAAGAAAGACCAUUAGACAACAAAAACAAAAUUAUAAGUUCGGGUACACCAUGUUCUACCAAGAGAAAAACCAAGAAAACCCCAGAAACUAACAAGACUACAGAAUCAAAUCUAUUGGAUGAUAUUUUAGGAAAAACAGAUGCAGAAUUAGAAAAGAAAAAAGCUGAGGAACAAGAAGAUUAUCUGGAACCAAUCGAUGGUCAAAUUUCAUAUCAUUUAUGGAAGUUUUCUGGGUUAUCAAUGAUAAUACGAACAUAUAGUCAUGGUAUGGUUCGUGAUGCAAGACAGACAUUCCAAGGUCACAUUGUGCCAAAGUUAGAGUAUCAGAUAAAACACGGUGUGGAGCAGAUAUCACUGGAGGAAGUGAGUCAAGCAUGGAUAUCAUGUUAUGUUAAACCAUUCAGUCAGUUGAUCAGAGGUAGAAUCUCAGCCACCACCUCUGAGUUAUUGAUGAUUGAAACAUUAGAUUUAAACCAAAUACUGUCUCAAGCCACAAAUUUCAAUGUAAUUGGAGCCUUGUGCAGUUUACAUAAUAUUUUGAUGACAGUUUACAGUUUAGAAAAUGGAACAUAUUUAUUAAGUCAUGAAGCAGGUGAAGCACAUUGUCAUAUCAAACAGGCGUCUCAGUACAAACGUGGUGCUUAUGACCUUCACUUUAGUCAUCAAGGUCACAUUAGAGUAAAUGAGAUGAAGAACGAAUGGUUUCCUAUAGACACCAAUAUUAUUCUUCCUCACCAUAAAGUUCAAGGUCGAAUUCCUGCUACAUAUGAACCAGAAGAUUUUAAUACUGGAAAUAAUUCUAAGAAACGAAAAGGAGGAAAGAAAAAAAAAUGGAAUAAUAAAAAAUAAAAAAUAAUUCUAG